AUGGCAACCGUGACGCAAAUCAAGGAAGCGACCAACGCCGAGGGGCAACCCAUUAAACUAGCCGUUGCAUACGACGACAAAGUCCACAACGAAUCAAAGUACGCGGCUUACCUCCCAGUUUACGACACUACUACUAAGUUCCCACCGACCGAACUCUUCGACUUCAACGACCGAGGCCAUGACGCCGACCCAGCGAAGCCAAAUCUCCUCCCCAAAGAAAACCCAAGCAUCAAAGCCGCCAAGCUAACUCCCCGGAUCGGCACCGAAAUCACAGGCCUCCAACUAUCGCAACUGUCCGACGCACAAAAAGACGAACUCGCACUCCUACUAGCCGAGCGAGGCGUCGUAGUCUUCCGAGACCAGGACUUCAAAGACAUCGGACCGCAGAAGCAGAAGGAAUUCGGCCAGUACUUUGGCCGCCUGCACGUGCACCCCGUGGGCGCGCAUGUCAAGGACCACAUCGAGUUCCACUCUAUUUACCUGGGGAAGGACAACUUGUACCGGCUCGGGCGGAGCACGUCGAAACUCACGACCACAGGCUACCAUUCUGACGUGUCCUAUGAGCACCAGCCGCCUGCUAUCACGUUGCUUACCCUCGUGCAGGUCCCCGAGACAGGGGGCGACACGGGCUGGACGUCGCAAGCAGCAGCGUAUGACCGCCUCUCUGAACCACUUAAAGUGUUCCUGGAAGGCUUGAGAGCUGAGCAUAGUGGGUUUCCGCAGGCGGAGAAUGCGGCUCGUGAUGGCCACUUUGUCAGACGCGAACCUGUCAAGAGCUAUCACCCUAUUGUGAGAAUACAUCCUGUAACGAAACAAAAGGUGCUAUUCGUGAACCCUGGUUUUACGAAACGGAUCGUCGGAUUGAAGGACGAGGAGUCAGAUGCUAUCCUCAAGUUGCUGUUCCGGCACAUCGCGGCAAGCCAAGAUAUUCAGGCGCGCGUGAAGUGGGAUGACCGCACGGUUGCACUCUGGGAUAAUCGAGUUACCGCCCAUACUGCCAUCUCAGACUACGAUGUGAAUGAGGAAGGCGAGGGUUUGCGACAAGGGUUUCGCAUUACGACGCUUGGUGAAGUGCCAACUGGGGUGGACGGACUGAAGUCUGAGUGGGAUUAA